UGUCAAUCCCAGGCAAGAGACAAGGCAGACAAAGGUUUAUUUGUAAAGAACCUCCUUCUAGCACCUCCUUUUUUCUCCUUUUGCCCAAACUCACCCAGUGAAUUGGAGCAUUUAAGAAGAUUCCUCUGCCAAGAAGACCAAAAGGAACAGAGAAGAAAGGGAGCUGAAAACUGAUGACCAUACAAAAACUGGUCCAUGGAUCUUUACAGCAGCUUUAUUCAUAAUUGCCAAAAGUUGGAAGCAGCCAAGAUUUCCUUGAGGCAAAAAGCCAAAAUGAAAUUUAUAGUACUUGCUGUCACUGUUGGGCUAGCUUUGCUGCUAGGAGUCCAUGCCAUGCCUGCCAAUCGCCUCUCUUGCUACAGAAAGACACUAAAAGAUCGCAACUGUCACAACCUUCCAGAGGGAGUAACUGACCUGACAAAGAUUGAUGUAAACGUCCAGGAUCACUUCUGGGAUGGAAAGGGAUGUGAAAUGAUCUGUUACUGCAACUUCAGCGAAUUGCUCUGCUGCCCAAAAGAUAUCUUCUUUGGACCAAAGAUCUCUUUUGUGAUUCCUUGCAACAAUCGUUGAGAAUCUUCAUGUAUUCCAGAGAACGUCAUCUCUCAUUUCCCACAAAUUACAAUAUGUCGACAUAACUACAUUUCAAGUUUCUGUCCAGUGCAAUAAAGCAGAUUCCAUAAAUUCCUACUUGUCUAAGACAGUAAACUUGUGUUAAGUAUAAGUAGUAAUAAAAAUUAAUUCAAUUUAAAUUCUCUGUGGACAUUGCUGGCACUGGUUAAAAAUUUUGGGUAAAAAAUUUUCAUCUAUGAGGUGUUCAGUAGGUUCAGGAUUUUUAAAUAGUUGAUUAGCCAUAAUUCUUGCUCAAGGGUUGAGAACUUUUACUUCUUAGUUGACAGUUAUUGCCCAUGUACACUUAAUGGGAAGAAUCAGAUAUAAAUUGAGGUUCUUAUAAGGGAAUCUAGAAGAUUUCUAAUAAGAGGGUAAAAGGGCUGGGGCACUUGGCUGGCUCAGUUGGUAGAGCAUGAAACUCAAUCUCAGGUCCUGAGUUCCAGCCCCAUGUUGGGCAUAGAGUUUACUUAAAAAAAAAAAAAAGAUAAA